GCCCCGGGUCUCGGCCGAGCUCAGCUCGGUUCGGCGCUGCCCGGCCCGGCUCGGCCCGGCAUCGGCGGCUCCUUACCGCACGCCUUGUUCCUGAGGGUGCGAAAGGCCCGUGAGCCGGAUCGCGGUCAGCUCUGCCGCCCUCUGGGAAGACCUUGCCUUUAGUGGAUCUUAAAGCGAAUUCUACCGGGGCUCUGUUUUCAGUAGUUAAAACUGUUAAUGGUCGGACCAGUGCAGCUUAUUUGCUUUCAAGCAGUAAGCGAGUCACGUUUUCCCGAGCUUAUUUUCUGAGCCCUGUCAUCUUGUUGAUUUUCACGCUGUUUUCUCCGUGCUGCCUCAAGUGUAGUGAGUUAGUGGAUGGCUGAAAUUUGGCUCAACUACUGAGUUGCUGAAAUGUUUUGCUGCUUGAGAACCGUGAGAAGGUUAUGUCUGGACAAGAUAUUGCUGCAAUGCGUUCUUCAGUCAAGAACUUUGUCAGGCGCUGAUGCCAUCAAUGCUCUCAGACCUUUCUAUUUUGCUGUACAUCCAGAUUUCUUUGGCCAGCAUCCCAAAGAGAGGGAAGUAAAUGAAAACUCUCUGAAGAGGCUAAAUGGCUACUUGGAGAACCUACAGAAACCAGGAUUUCGUUCCUUUAAGCCAACUCAGCUUACCUUUUAUGUAAGAGAAAGAGAACCAAACUCUUCUAAUGUUCAGGAAUCCUUCAGUGCUUCAGGGUUUCGAGCAGUCAGUUUUACGUUACAUACUAGGGAUCUCCUGAGCACAGUAUUAGAUAUUCUCAACUCCUGCAGUUUAUCUACAGAGCAUGUUCAGAGUUUGAAUGUGAACGCUCAGCCCCACAAGGAAGCAAAAAGCACAGUAAACAGACCUAUCAAAUGGGAUAAGACCUAUUACUCCUUUACUGGAUUCAAGGAUCCUGAGGAGGAACUAGAGCAAGCCCAGAGAGUGGAAACAACUUUAAUAUCCUGGCUCGAUGAUAAUGAAGCAAGUGCAGUAAAAAAGCUGAAAAAGAGUUUGCCGCUUAGAAAAGAAUUAGAACGUUUAAAAAUUGAACUUUCUCAUGAACUCCAGCUCUCAGAUAUCAGGUGGCAGAGGAGCUGGGGUAUUGCUCACCGCUGUAGCCAGCUACACAGUCUGGGUCGAUUGGUCCAACAGCGACCUGAAAUAUUAAAGAACGUUAAAGGACGCACGGUGGUAUUUACAGAUCGCUCAGGUAUGAGUGCAGCAGGUCACAUAAUGCUGGGGACCAUGGAUGUUCACCAUCACUGGACCAAAAUUUUUGAGAGACUGCCAAAUUAUUAUAUGCUUCAAAAAAAGCUCCUGCUCUUGGAAGAUCGGAUAAGCCAACUUCUGGGAGGCAUCCAAGUAAUAUAUAUUGAAGAGCUGCAACCUCUGUUGACUCUAGAAGAGUACUAUGAGACUCUCAACUCUUUCUAUAAUAAACUACGUGACAGCAGACUACCUUUUCAUCCUCGCAGUCUGCGAGGCUUGCAAAUGAUUCUGGAAAGUGACAGAUAUGCACCAAGCUUACAUGAAUUUGGACACUUUAUGAUCCCAACGGUCUGUGAUCCAGCAGCUCUUCAAUGGUUUAUUUUUGCCAAAGCACAGGAAGCAAGAGAGAAUUUGAAAAGAAAGGAGGAGAUGAUGAUUACAGAGAGAGAGCUCAUCGAUACUUCCACGGAAAGAUUUUCUUUGGAUCGGCUGUAUAAGGAACCCAGUGUUUCCAGUGCACAGAUGAUAGAUUGCUGUAAGCGGCUGCUGGAGGAAUCGUUGCCCUACCUACAAGGCAUGCACCUUUGCAUUUCCCAUUUCUACUCUGUGCUGCAGGAUGGAGACCUGUGUAUACCUUGGAACUGGAAAAACUGAGGGAUGUAUCUGAUAAUCAGAUAAAUUGUUUUAUUUUCUGUAAGAGGUUAUAAAUAUGAAUGUUUUUAAGAGUAAAUUAUUUAAAUCUGAAUUUUGAUAUCAGUAUUCAGCUCACAAAUUUUCUUCCGGCUGCUGCUGAGGAAGGAUUGCAGUCCUAGACAAUUUGCACAAUGCACAGUAUUGGUAGUCCUGGGAAAGAAUCUGUACAUUAUUCAUACUACUGUAGGAGUCCCAGUGUAUGGUUACAGUUGUGAAACAGCAUUUUUGUAGUGAAUUCUGAAAAUACAUUAAAUUGCAACUCUGCAAAAAUGUGCAUGUGUAUUUUUAAUAUACAUGAAUAUUGCCGGAUAGAUCAUCUGAAAUAAAGAGUGUGCUACUCCAGCCGGACAUUACAUGCCAUCUUAAGGGGUUCAUUGAAGGCAGAAGUUAAGUACAGAAGUUAUCUGGUGGCAAUGCUGGCAUUUCAUAUUGCUGCUUAUCACUGAAUUAGAAAAAAAACCAAGGGAAAAAACAUCAGAAUAUUUCUCCUUUGCAGAAGAAAGCAGUACAUUGGUGUCUACAGCAGAAUUUCACAUGCUGGUCCAACAUUGUUGCCUUAGAAUUCCAAAAUAUGCCAGUUAUACUGUCUGUGGUUACUUUAAAGCAGACAUCAAUCUCUUCUUGUUUUCUGGCAUUUGCUCCAUAAAUACAGACAAUCUUCUUUACUUACACUAUAACAGAUUGCAAAUCCCAUACACAACCCUUAAAACCUGAGUAGUUUAAUGUGACAUCUAUGGGAAGGAAGCACUGAUCUGUGUGGGAUUGUCUGCAGGAGUAAGUACUUCUCAGUAAGAGCAAGGAGUUUGCAGUAUGGCAAACAUGUGGAUCCUUACUGGUACUUUAUUCUUUGGAAAAAAAUGAAAUAAAGUGUGAAAGCAUGUCAACACUUUUUCAUUGUAAUACAUGCCAAGAUGCAUUUUGAUAUUUGGAUUACUACUUCGCAAAAUAUCAUUUGAGAAAGACCAACUGCUUAACAUUUCUGGAUUUGAAUUUACCAUAACUGGCAAAAAGAAAAGGAAUUGUCAAAUGCUUACUUGCCUUGUAUUUUUAUUUGUAUUGAGCAGGGCAAUUGGUGUGGUUCUCUGUUUUCUCCUGUUAGAAGGCUCAGUAUCAAGUUGUUUAUUAAGAUGUCAAACUUAAAGCAAAAACCCCCACUGUGAUCUCAGAAAGGACUGUUCUAAAACGUCAAGACAGAAGCUGUGACUUCCUCAGGCCUGCAAUCCAGGGGAUUUACCAGCAAUGCAUGGAGAGGUUUUGAAGAUCAAUUGACCGUUUCUUCUAAAUUAACUUCCAUGGCACAUGACCUCUCCCUCAGUCCAUCUAGCACUGCUGAUACUCUGUGACCCAGCUGUGCUAAGCUAGUGAGCCAGUCCCACCCACUGUAGCUUAGCAAUAUUCCCUCAUUCAGCUCUUUGAAGUAGGAUAUCUUUGGGAAUAAAAAGACUAUAGUAGUGGGGUUUUUUCUUGCGUGAGUUGAAUGACUCCUUCUGGAGCUUGAGGGAGGAAGCAGCUGUCCACUUUGAUUGUAGAGGAGAUGAUAAAAGGUCUGAGGGAAGGUGAGUGGAUGCAAACAAGCCUGAUGUGAUCCUGUGAGGACUGACACCAAUGUCACUGAAACCAGUGACUGCACCUUCUCUUCGCGGCACAGAACAGACAACUGAAACUGGCGGGAGAAGAAGACAUAAAGAGCCUUUAUGAAAUAGAGUAUGGGAUGUUUCCACAAGUAAUGGAGACCCUGACCUGGAAUGGGAGUUGGAGAAGGCAAAGCUUGAUAAGGGGAACUGGGGCUGAGCUUAAAAGUAGAAGCAGUGAAGUAGUUGCUGUAAAACAUUGCUAGUCUGGGAUGCAUCUGAAGAUUCUCACCAUUCCUUCUAAGGGAAAAUAGCCAAAAUCCUCUGGCAGAAUGUGUCACCCCUCAAAGGGUGGCAUGGCAGCUUGCUUGCCUGAUGGUUUCCUCCAGGCUAGGGUCUUGGGUCUGUGCAAUUAACCAGCGUUCCGGUCCUGCAACCCUCCCACCAGGGAGGUGGUUAGCUCACAUGCCAUGGCGGUGGGCCUCCCCUCCUCUGUUAGGUUUUGUUUUCCUGAGUUUUGAAGGAGAUGCAUUAUACAAUCUCUAAAACUGCUCAGAAGUUGAGCAAUAUAAAAAUGAAGGUUGAGUAUAGGUCAGUAAUUCAGCAGUGUAAGGUCUGUCUCAACAGUGUUAUUUUACAGUGCACUUUCUGUAAGACGGUUUUGCUGCUGAAUGAUCAAGUUGCCUUUACAAACAUAUGGGCCUCUUUACAUUCUUUAAGAUACUUAGGAAAACAGUGGGGUAAAAAGGUGCAUGUUGUAGGUGUUUAUUUGGUCAUGUUUGAUUUAUUUUGAAAACUAUCACCAAAGUAACAGAAUUAUCCAUUUAGGUAAAUAUAUAUGGGUUAAAUCUGUCAGAAUUACAUUUUGAUUUCUAACACUUUAUAUAUGGCAGGGAAAAAAUAGGGGUUAGAACUCUGAAAAUCUUUUGCCACUAUGGCAGGGUGGAAACAGAUAAUGAUUUGAAACUCUUGUGUUUUUAAAUAGUGCAGAACACCUCAAACUCAACAGACAGUGUGGUCACCUCAUUGUGGAAAUAGAUUUGAAUGAUUACUAACAUCUACUGUAGUUUUAUCCAGUACAAAGUCCUGCUUGCUCUGUGACCAACAACUAAAAACGUUCCAUAUGAAGUUUCAAGAAGCAUCCUCCUUAAAAACAAAUCCUAAUAUUAAAUUAGGUGGAUUUGGUGUCUUGCUGUUUUAAUCAUUAUUGUUUGGCUUAGAUUUGAGGUUUUCUACUGUUCGGAAAUUUGCACCAUACAUUUGAAAGGUAAGUAAGAAACCCUACCACUGAUCAAAGAAUUGAAAUGUGUGUUGGUUAUCCAUCAUGAGUCAAUAAGCCGUGAUGCCCAGAUCGUGUCAUUCAGCCUCUGAGAGUGGUUUAGUAUUUUAGUGCAGCUGCCAGAAGGAAAUUCAAUGCUAAAAUAAAAGAGAUGGGGACUUGAGACAAAAUUUAUCACCUUAACAAGUUAUUUUGAUGCUGUUAAAUACUGUGUCCUUGAGAUGCAGGUACUGGCAAACAACACUUUCCAUUUUGUCAGGUGUUGGCGUAACAUUUUACAGUAUCGGUUGUUUGUGAAUUGCAGUGUUACAGAACUCCUGCCUAUGUUUUAACAGCUGUGUAUGAAAAUUGCAUGAAAUUGCAUGCAAUAAUGCACAUUUGUUGUUGUUCUUACGGCUAUUAAUUGCUGGGAUACGGUCUCCAGCACCAGGAGGCUUGUAUUCAUGUUUUGUAAGACAUUCAAAGGUUGAUAAUGAAUCUUGAAGACUUAAAAAGGAAAAGUCUUCCAGAAGACUAGAGCUGAUGUAUCAAAGCAUAUCCAAAAUUCAUCAGAACUCUUAAUGGAAAAUGUAAAUCUCAUCUGGUUUGUGUACAUGACUGCUAGAAAAAUCGUUCUGAGGAAACUGAAAUUUUUAAACAGUAAUUUCCAGUUGUCUUUCUGAAAAUAUAUUGUCUUUGUCUGAAAA